AUGGCGGCACCCGAAUACACUCGCGUCCAGCUAAACACGCUUGCGGGGCACGAGUACCGCCGCGUGUCAAAGGCACCGACGCGCCCGGCUACCGCGGACGAGAUCCCCGUCAUCGACCUCGAGGGCAUGUGGUUCUACAAGAACAGUUCCAGCAGCACACAGCUUCCCGACACGCAAGGCACGUCAGAUGCGGCGAAAAAGCGCAUCGCCGCUGCCAUACGCAAAGCCGCGACGGGUGCCGGCUUCUUUUACGUCGCCAACUCUGGCAUCCCCGACAGCGUGACGGACGAGGCGGUCGCACAGGCCAAGCGCUUCUUCCAGCAGCCGUUGGACGACAAGAUGAAAGUGCACUCGCGCAUCGACCCGCUGGGAAAUGGCUAUUCGCCAAUCUACAGCAGUUUUAUCAACCGGUCUGAGACGAAGGACCUCAAGGAGGGCUUCAACUUCCGCUACCUGGCCGAGUAUGACCCGAUGCACCAGGGCCCCCAUGCCGAACGCGAUCCUACGCAGUCGCCUGGCAGUGCCUGGACCUGGGAGCAGAAGACAAAGUACCUGUCGGGCUUCAACGAGGCCACCGUCGCCUGGUGGCAGAACUGCCUGGAGCUGUCGCGCGGCCUUGUGCGGCUGUUUGCGCUCGCGCUCGCGCUGCCCGAAACAUACUUUGACGAUAUUACCACGUACCCGGGCUCCGACGGGCUGUUUAUCUGCUAUCCUGGGUGCUUCACGCUUCUGUGGCAGGACGAAAGCGGCGGCCUGGAGGUGCUGCUCCCGAAAGACAGCGACAGCGGCAACAAGCAAGACGACCCUGUCUACGAAUGGGUUGGCGCCACGCCACGCCCGCGCACGCUCGUCGUCAACAUUGCCGACUUCUUGCAGCGGCUGUCCAACGACCGCUUCCGCUCGACGGUACACCGCGUCUACAACCGGAAACCAGGCGCAAGAUACUCGAUGCCCUUCUUCUUCGGCUUCAACUACGACGCAGAGUGUGCCGUUGUGCCGACGUGCGUGGACGAGACACAUCCAGCCAAGUAUGCGCCGAUAUCAUGUGGCAAGCUGACGACCCUGCAGUGGCGAGAUGAGCGCAUGAAUCUGGCUCGGACCGUUCCCAGACCAGCAGCAGCUUCUUGA